AUGACAACCACGUACAUCUCCCCAGCGGAUGCUGACCGCUUUGACUAUGUCGUCGUCGGCGGUGGCACGGCAGGCUGCGUUAUCGGCGCCCGCCUGGCCGAGUACCUCCCUCACAAGAGGAUUCUCAUGAUCGAGGCCGGGCCCAGUGAUUUCAUGGACAACAGAGUGCUCGACCUGCGGCAGUGGCUGGCCCUCCUCGGUGGUGAGCUCGACUAUGACUAUCCCACAACCGAGCAACCAAUGGGUAACUCACACAUCCGACACUCUCGUGCCAAGGUGCUGGGAGGCUGCUCAUCGCACAACACGCUCAUCUCGUUCCGGCCCUUCGAGUACGAUCUGAAGAUCUGGGAGUCGCUGGGCGCCAAGGGCUGGAACUUCAAGGACUUUAUGCGCCUCAUGGACAACCUGCGCAACACAGUGCAGCCGGUGCACGCCCGCCACCGCAACCAGCUGGUCAAGGACUGGGUGCUGGCCUGCAGCGACGCCAUGAACAUCCCCGUGAUCCCUAACUACAACGAGGAGAUCACCAAGACGGGCUCUCUGAAACAGGGCGUCGGCUUCUUCAACGUCGCCUACAACCCAGACGACCACAACCGCUCGUCGGCCUCGGUGGCCUACGUGCACCCGAUCCUGCGCGGCGAGGAGCCCCGGCCCAACCUGACCAUCCUCACCAACGCCUGGGUCUCGCGCGUCAACGUCCACAACGACACGGUCCGCGGCGUCAACGUCACCCUGCGCGACGGCUCGACCCGCACCAUCAACGCCCGCGCAGAGACCAUCCUGACCGCGGGCGCCGUCGACACCCCCCGCCUCAUGCUCCUGUCGGGCCUGGGCCCCAAGGAGCAGCUCCAGAGCCUGCACAUCCCCGUCAUCAAGGACAUCCCAGGCGUGGGCGAGAACCUGCAGGACCACCCCGAGAGCAUCAUCAUGUUCGAGCUCAAGACGCCCCUCCCGCGCGGCCAGACCACCAUGGACUCGGACGCAGGCCUCUUCCUCCGCCGCGAGCCCCCCAACGCCGCCGCCUACAAGCACCCGGCCAACCCGCUCGCCCUGCCCGACGGCGACAUCGCCGACGUCAUGCUGCACAGCUACACCGUCGCCUUCGACUACAACACCGCCCGCCUGGGCUACGACAGGAUCUCGGACGAGUACGCCUUCUGCAUGACCCCCAACAUCCCGCGCCCCCGCUCCCGCGGCCGCCUGUACCUCACCUCGGCCGACCCCAACGUCAAGCCCGCCCUCGACUUCCGCUACUUCACCGACCCCGAGGGCUACGACGCCGCCACCCUCGUCUACGGCAUCAAGGCCUCGCGCAAGAUCGCCGAGACCGCCCCCUUCAAGGACUGGAUCAAGCGCGAGGUCGCCCCAGGCCCCAAGGUCCAGACCGACGAGGAGAUCAGCCUGUACGCCCGCAGGGCCGCCCACACCGUCUACCACCCGGCCGGCACCACCCGCAUGGGCGAUGUCGAGACCGACGACCUGGCCGUCGUCGACCCCCAGCUCAAGGUCCGCGGCCUCAAGAAGCUGCGCAUUGCGGACGCCGGCGUCUUCCCUACCAUCCCUACCAUCAACCCCAUGCUGACCGUGCUGGGUGUGGCUGAGAAGGCGGCCGAGAUGAUCGCCGCCGACGCUGGCUGGAAGGAGACUGCCAAGCUGUGA